AAUUCCAUCUGAUGGUCAUACCUGAGGUGCGAAUACAGAUGAGACAUAAGAAAGUCGAACUAUAAGAGGAUCAACCUAACAUUGCUUCAAUAUCAUUACUACUAUAUCAUCCAGAAUAUCAUUAAGAAAUCAUUCAGAAUGACAAAGAAGCUACCUCUGACCUUUGCCUGCGGAUCGUAUGACCGGACAGACGACCUCGCGAAAGGAGAAAUACAACCAGCUGGGAUUGAUCUGAACUACAUCUCAAUCGACCAUCCCCGAGAUAUAUUCGAUCGCAUGAUCGGCGGGAAGGAGUUUGAUGUCUCGGAAAUGUCCUUAUCGGAAUAUAUCUGUCGGUAUGCCGAUGGAGAGCGAGAUCUGAUCGCCAUUCCUGUCUUCCCUUCAAGAGCAUUUCGACAUGGCUACAUUACCAUCAACACCGAUCUGGUCCAGAAACCAACUGAUCUGAAUGGAAAACGCAUCGGGGUUCAACUCUAUACUAUGACUGCUGCUGUGUGGAUUAGAGCCGCGCUGGCUGAUGCUGGUGUUGACUUGUCCACCAUCACAUGGGUAGAGGGUGCAUUCGACAAGCCAGGACCUCACGGAAAGGUCACGCCAAAGCCUUUACUUCGUCCUGUGAAUAGGAUAAAAAACGAAAGUGGGAAGUCUCUCAGUCAAUGCCUUCAGGAUGGUGAUGUCGCCGCUACCAUUGGUGCUGAGACGCCUCCGUGCUUCGGGAAGGCCCCAAACAUCCGACGCUUGUUUCCUGAUACUAGGGAAACAAUGAAGAGUUAUUUUCGACAAACUGGGAUUUACCCAAUCAUGCAUGUUGUCGUGAUCAAGAAGGAAGUCGUUGACAGAUGGCCAUUCGUCGCGACUAGCAUGUUCAAUGCAUUGGACGACUCGAAAAUCCUUGCCUUGCAUCGCAUGAAGUUCGGCGGCACGAAUAAAUACAUGCUACCUUUCUUGCAGUCGGAUCUGGAGGAGAUAGAACAAUUGUUUGGAGGAGAUCCUUGGCCUUAUGGCAUUGAGAAAAACAGGAAGACUUUAGAGGCUGCUGUAUCGUAUCUUUAUGAACAGGCAAUGAUCUCGAGGAAGAUCCCAAUCGAGGAACUAUUUGCUCCUAUCAAUGGUCGUAAUUUGAAGGUUUGAUCUUUUUUCAAUAAUCACUCUUUUCUGGUCUAUCACAUCGAAGGUUCUAUGAAGUAUUCUACAGGCUAUAUAUCUUAUUAUAAAGAAUCGACAGAAUAAUGCGGCAUCUUGCGGGAAAUGUUGCUAUCGCUUCAUGAAAGCGACCGUCAUCCAGUAGUUGUAUGUUUUCUAGUUAGUUGAUGAAGUAGCCCCAUUCGCCGCCUUCUUCUCUUUAAUCCUCCUCUCCUCUCGUUCACUAUAUCGAUCCGCAAAAAGAUCUAGAUGCGGCCUCAUCAAAAUCGUAUAUUUGAC